CGGUAGGGACGCGUUGUGUUCCGCUCGGUUCCCGCGCUAGCGUGAUAACUUUCGUACAAAAAAUACUUUUUGCUGUUUAAGAAAGUGUAACAGUGACCGGUGAAAAUUGUGAUUACAGUUAAAUUCGUGAUAAAAAGUGAAGUGUUACAAAACAGUGCAGUUGUUUAGCGGAUUUUGUAAACGGAUUAUCCGAUAGUGAAAUAGCAGUGAACGAGUGAGUGAUAACAGUGACCUGUGAAAAUGAUUUAGUGUAAUGGCGUGGUGGCGCUGCUAUCGCGGCUCGUGACGUUGUGAUCCAAGAUGGCGGACUCAAGUCCCGCCAAUUCCAUUAUUGAGGGGACUGUUAAGUUCCGUGAUGGGAAAAAGUGGAAAUCGAGAUGGUGUGUCAUGCGAAAAUUGUCUCCAGUUGCAGAUUGCGUUCAUCUCCAACUCUACAAAGACCUAAAAGAGAGACAGAAGAACGGCCAGACGAAGGCAUCGUUAUCGCUGCAGCAGUAUCUGGGGUUCGAGUCUGGUUUCACACUUGAUAAGGAGUCGAACACACUCGCCAUACUUUGUGAGGAUGUUGUUCCAGUACUGGCAUUUGAUACCAGAGAGAUUUUAAUUCAGUGGAGGGUUAAGGUGCAACACAACUUAGGAAGCAGCAAAGAAUUUGCAGCAGUAAUCAUAUCAGCACCUUCUUCUACGGGAAUAAAAGCUGGUCCAGUACGGUUACACGCCUGUGGACCUCGCCUGGCUCUUUGCGCCUCCCGACCUCCUGAAGUGCUGGCGCUUUGGGACGUCAAGUUGUUAAGACGUUUCGGCGUGGUAGACAAGCGGUUCUGCGUCGAAGGUGGCUCCCGCUGCGGUAAAGGCGAAGGCCUAUUUGUUUUCGCAGCUGAGGGUGCAAGGGAAUUAACAGAACUCCUCAAUAUGUACAGCCACGAAGCACAGUCCCGACUUAGUGUGGCCUCUAGAAGUGGUUCAGUCUUGGAAAAGCGGUAUUCCGAUACGAGCUCAUGCAUGGACGACUGUUUUAAUCAGUCAAUGCGCUCUGUGUCUCCGUCGUGGGCUGGUCCUUCGAGCCAGACUAUGCAUUGUCUAUCUGGACACUUGGAUCUCGAUUCAAGCAUGGAAGAAGAUAAGUUCCGGAGACCGACGUCCUUGCCCAGGUGCUCCAGUUGUGUUGGCAAGAUCAGUCAUUUAGCGAGGUCAUCAACAAUAAAUACACCAGGCUCCAUGAUGUCUCCCGUCUGGACCAUGGAUAAUAUCAUGGAGAAACGUUCAGACUCGGACCGGGCAUCAAUUUACUCACGUUCAAGUGGCAGUGCCUCUGAGUAUUCAGUGCCACGCUGCGUUUUGGACAAGAGUUUUGAUUCAAAACGUGGAAGCCCAGUUGCUUGUUGUACCCCAACGGUACCUGUGAAAACUGGGAACUCCUGCCAAUGCUGGCAACUGCCUAAGCCGUGCUGCUGCCGAAAGAAAUCUUUCAACGGACCAUACGAGAACUACGAUGUACCAAAGACCCCUAUGCCGUUAAUACAGGAACAUCCAGCAGAUGUUCACGCUGAUGCGGCAAGCUUAUACGAUACACCAAAGAAACUUAAGUGUCUUAUUGGACAAACAUGCGGUUGCAACCAUAACGAAACCAAAAACGACGAUAACCAAAACCCGGUAGAGUCUUGUGACAGCGCUAACGAUCAUUCCAAUUAUGUCAACGUCACUCCAGCGAAACCCCAGAUUGAUCUUUCGAAUUAUGCAAACAUAGAUAGAGCCACGUUGGAUGAAUUUGAAAAUUCACUUCGAAUUUUACGAAGCGCUGGAUUCAGCCAGGAAGAAUUAGAUGCGCUAGAAGACAUACCCGAACACGACAACACUCACACAACCGACUGUUGUAAUGAACACUUAAAUUACAUGCAUAUGGAGCCAUUGGAAAACAGCUCCUCCAGUAAUAGCAAGAACCUCUCAGACAAUAUUAGCAGAAUCAGUCACGUAUCAGACCCGACGCACUCGGAAACAGAUAACACAAUAAGCACCAGGCGUUCCAGCUCCGCGGACUUCACCAAACGGCUCGACGACGACCUCAAUCCCAGCAUUUGUUUCACGCCAACUGUCAUCCGGCGAACGUCUAAAACAAACCGAAUCAACGAAGGCAUUCCAGUCAAAGAUGACUUCAAAGUUCCGGAACAAAAAACUGAAAACAUUUUAGUUGCACGUUUCCGCGACGCAGUUAAAAUUAGACGAUCGUCCAGUGUUCCGAGUAAAUCGGAUAAAAAUAGGGAUUCGUCCAGUUCAAACGAUUCCGGAGUUUCCACCGGAUCGCUGAAGCACCAUAGGGGUGAUUUUAAUGAAUUCGAGAUGCCCGUAACUAAUUCGAGGUCCUCGAAGAGUCACAUGAGGAAUAAACAAUUCAGGGCCACAUUGACGCCCGUGCACGCUUCCUUUGUGAAGUCGAGUUCAUCGGAUCCUCUGAAGAAUUUGACCUUUCAAUUCGAGGAAGUUGCAACCAUGGCCAAAUCCAACUCUUGCGACGUCGACACCUUAACGAGGCGGAAGAAAAGAAAUGGUGACACAGAUUCAACAGCACGUCACAGUCAAAUGACGAACAAGAGCACAUCGAGCGGAGCAUCUGACACUUCAGAUUACAUGGAGUCACUCUCUGUCAGCUCCUUCUCUUCUUGCGACGUAUCUGCCGAUCGCCAUUUAACUAGACCGCGUUCAGGAAAGGAAUACGCGAGCAUUGACCGCGCUGUCUUAGCAAGCGUCUGUGACAAUUAAGAGACGACUGACAAUUGACUAAAGAAUACUGUUGAGAGAUGACAUGCGUGAGAAAAUUUACAACAUGAAACAGAAAAAUAAAGCGUAUUUGUGUCUCUUUCUUUAAGUGUAAAGCCUAGAAUCGCAAAACAAAAGACAAAUAUUUCAUAGAGUAUAUUUUUUUCUAGCUGAAACGUCUAAAGACUUACAACGGAGAAAAGGGUUGUAGUAUAAGAGGAGACAAUUUCUUUUUCCAGUUAAUGUGUUUAUUACCUAAUCUUGCUUUUAACAAUAAGUUACCUGAUAUAAACAAUACGAAGGCAUCUAUUUUUAUAUCAAUAUGUAUAUUAUAUAAUGUAAAUAAAAUGCUUAUGGUAUGGUAAAAAAUCCAUAAACUACACCACAGUGUAUGUCUAAGUCUAAAUGUCAGUUGUCACAGCACUGUCAACAUGACUUAUGACGUAGUUACAUUUUGAGCAGGAAUUUAACUUUCAUGCCUUUAUACAAGUUUGUAUAAAUACCCAUUUAUCUUAUAAACAACGUUCCUAUGUACAAAUAUAUCAGCUAAAUAGUGUAGCUCUAACGAAUUUAGUUUUCAGUAGGGUGCCAAAAUUUAGUUUGUAAUAUAAUAUUUAGAGACCACUUCCCUACUAGCCUUUACGAAAUCAGUUUGUUGCAUUUUACAUUUUUAUCAUACUGGGAAAAUGAAUAUAUGUUGGUAUAUGAAAAUCAUUUUGCUGAUAUUACCCUACAUUUAGGCAUAUUAAAGACAAAAAUGGGUAAAAAUUUCCAAUAAAAAAACUAGAUAUAAGUUUUGGAUGUAUUGAGUAAAAAUUCAUUUAUAGAUUUCAUUACAAUAUUUAAAUUUGAGCCCAGUCUAACUUUAAUGUUUCAAUGUAAUCUUAAGUAAAACUUAAAGUAGGUACUUAAUUUCCGUGCCUUUGCUAUGUAGCGUAUAAUUUUGUAUAAGUUACCUUCAUUGAUUUAAAUAAGUGUAUAAAUGUUCGGUUAAUGACUAGAUGUGUGUAUAAAAAAACUAUAGUUUUUUAGCCUAUAACAUGGCAAUCUUUGUCAAUCAAAUCUGUGUUGCGAGGCCUGUAUGAAACGAUGAGCAAUAGUUAUAAAAUUAAUUAUGUAUUACGUUGAUAAAAUAUAUUAAACAAACAUAAAUACAAGUUUAGAAUUUUUAUACAAUGAUAGCUUAAAACUAGCAUUUUAAUUUUUUUUCUGUUACUCUGUGCAUGAAGUGACAGAAUGUUAACUGUCAAAAUUACCAGAUAGCCUAAUCUAUUUCUUAUUUUACAUUUUUAUUCCAGCUAAUCAAUGAUAUUUUAAAUUUUGGAAUUGAUAUAAAAUACUUAUCCGUCCCGGAAUAUAUAAAAUUAUGGUUUAUGAAGCAAAAUCAUGUCUAUUCCUCAACAGUUUUAAUGAUUUUGUCUAGUCAUUAGUAAAAUGGCGGUCAUAUUUAGCAUCAAUAAAUUUAAAAUAAAUGUAACUUUUACCAAGAAGAGUAAUAUAAUAUCUUAUUUCUAUGCUUAUUAUUUUGAUUUAUUAACAAAUAUAUUUUUUUCUAAAACAUCUGAUCGAAGUUAUUUUCAAAAUGGCCGCCAUACUUUUGGUUUCGGUAUUUGCACGGUUUGGUGUUUUUUUAUUUAUUUAAGGUGUUAUGUAAAAAGGCAUUCUAAACUUUACGUUGCUAUUGUAUUUUAAAAUUUGUAGUUUAUACGCCACUGAAGCGAAAUAUAGUGCAUUUUCAUGA